AUGAGGGUUUCCGCUGUUAUUUUCACCAUCGCUGCCGCCGUUGCGGCCCAGAGUAGCUACACUGCUACCGGCGUAGGUUGUGAGCCGCAUGGCGACCACUGGCACUGCCCGGCUGGUGUUGCUGAGCCUACUACCGCACCCGCUGCUGAGGCUUCCGUUGACACUGUCUCUGCUACCGCGAGCGGUGUGUGCGAACCUCACGAUGACCACUGGCACUGCCCAUCCGGCGUAGCUGAGCCCACAUUCGCUCCUUCAGCCGCAUCUGCUUUCACAACUGCCGUCUCUGGCAGUAUCACCACUGCCCCCUCAGCAUCUGCAUCUCACAGCCACGACGAUGAGGACGACCACUCCCACGCCGUCACGGCUGCUACCUGCGAGCCGCACAACGACCACUGGCACUGCCCGUCUGGCGUCUCCGAGCCCACCACCGCCCCUGCGCAGACCCGCAGCACCUCGCAAGUUUCUAAUGCCAGCGGCGCCGGCGCAUCGGCAUCUGCGAGCGCCCCUGUUUCGCAGUCCACCGCCGCGGGAUCCGUCGUUGGCGCGAGCCAGCAGGGCGUCUUGGCCGUCGUGUUGGGCGCUGUUGGCGCUUUCUUCUUGUAA